ACGUGGAGGAGGGGAGCUGGGGAGGGCGGAGAGCCAGGCGAGCCCGGUCGCCCACACUCGCACUGCAGCCACGCCGGCCCCGGCAGGAACUGAAACGGAGCGUGGCCGGAGCUCGGCCCUGGGCUGGAGCCUCCCGUCACGGCUGCUGGGCCACCCACGGAGCACGGCGGGCCCGCGGCGUGCAGAUUUGCUCGUUCCUCAAGGUGCCCAUCCACUUGCUGCAAUGACUAGCUUCCCAACCACGCCUUCUCCAAGAGAACUGACCACCCCAAUCCAGCAGAUCACUGAGACUCUGCCCCCAGAUGUGGAAGCCAGCACAGCACUCAUUGCAGUUGUUAUCACCGUGGUCUUCCUCACCCUGCUCUCAGUCGUGAUCUUGAUCUUCUUUUACCUGUACAAGAACAAAGGCAGCUACGUCACCUACGAACCUGCAGAAGGAGAGCCCAGCACCAUCCUUCAGAUGGAGAGUGACUCAGCCAAGGGCAGGGAGAAGGAGGAAUAUUUCAUCUAGUGAUUCCCAGGCCCCAAGGAGCUUAUCCAGGCUCCAGUGCUAACACACUGACUAUUUAAUUUAUUAGGUGAAACUUUUAUCUAAAACCAGUGAGAAGCAUUGAUUGAUAUGGGCAAACCUGAGCUCCUUCCAGGAGGAGGCCCAAAUCCAGCAUCACUGACACCAGGAACCAGGGACAUGGAGAAAGCUACUUAUGUCUUUAGCCAGGGCCUUUGUAACACUGCAGUGUUUGUGACUGACCAGCAAGAUGGAGCCAUACCAGGCAACAUUUGAGUAUGUGCCCAAUCAUCUUCAGUUUUUUUCACAGGUCAAAGGGGAGAAGAGAGUUAAAGUCACUGGCUGCUCCUCUGCCCCCUGCCUGGUCACCUAGUGAUAGCCUGAGUGGAGAGAGCAUCCAUACUCCUUCCCAGAGGCUGGAUGCCACAGUGAAAGGCCAGGCCAGGAGGGAGAGAAGACUAUGUAGAGACCUUACCUCCUGGUCAAUGUGCAGCAUCCCUUCAUCUGAGCCCAUCCUUUAGGUAUUCCCUAACGCCGUACUUAAUGCUAUUUUUAUCAGAAUUAAAAUUUUUCAUUGACUCAGAAA